CUUGACGGCUGAGUGGGAGCGUCACUGUGCAGUCUGACAGUUUGUCAGAAGCCUUUUCAGCGAUCUGCACACUUUCAGUUUUGAGUUUACUGGUUGAUCGGCCUACAUGAAGAAGUGAACACUUGAUGAAGAACAAGAGGCUGCGCUGACCAUGUGGAAAACACCCAGAGACACACUUUGUUUGGCCAUCGUGUGGAUAACAACAGCUUCCUUUGGGAUUUCACUCGCUAAACUUACAACUUCUGAUGAGGAUACGUUCACUAUUCAGCACUCCGCGACAGGCAAGUGCUUGGUGGCAGAGCGUCCGGCAGUGUUGGACCUCACCUCCUGUGACUCGAGUAGCAGCUCUCACCAGUGGAAAUGGGGUUCCGGUCACCGCCUUUUCCAUGUGGCCACAUCCCUCUGCCUCGGCUUGGAGGUCCGCACCAAGACAUUGUCCCUAAUCGAUUGCAGUUCUACCAACCUGCUGUGGUGGCGGUGUCAGGAUGAGGCGGUUUACACCGUCUAUCAGAUGGGACUAGUGGUCAGUAAUGGCAAAGCUGUAGCCAAGCAGGACGGUAAUGAUGCAUGGGUGAGAGGUGGUUCUCAGGACAACAUCUGCCAGAGGCAGUACCACGUUGUCCACACCACCAGUGGGAACUCUGCUGGAGCUCCGUGUGUGUUCCCCUUCCUCUACAACAGCAGUUGGCAUCAUGGAUGCCUCCCGGACCAGGAUUCCCCGGGACUGUCCUGGUGUUCCACCACCUUGGACUAUGACCAAGACAGAAAGAAGGGACACUGUCUGACACCUGAGGAGGGUUGCCAGACUCUGUUUGAAGGACCGGAAGGAGUCUCCUGCUAUGAGUUUGUUCCCAGCGCUGCCGUGUCUUGGCAGGAAGCUUUGGAUUCAUGUCGUAGUCAAGGAGCUGAUCUGUUCAGUCUGUCUGGACCAGAGGAUCUACAUUCCAAAACCUUAUUGGAUGGCCUAGAGCGAAUGCCUGACAGGAUGUGGAUAGGCCUUCACCAGUUAGACACUUCAGCAGGCUGGCAGUGGUCAGAUGGCUCCCCUCUUUUUAUACUGCGGUGGGAAGAAGGAAUGCCAGCUGCUUCCACCAUCGAGGAAUCAGACUGUGGCGUCCUGAACUCCAACCAGCACUUUGAAUCCGAGUCGUGCAGCAAACGGUUACCAUAUGUCUGCAAGAAGAAGGUCAAUGGCUCUCAAACAGCAACAGAGUCGUCUGCAUAUAAGGAUACAAUCUGUGCAGAUGGUUGGGUCCCGUGGGAUGGAUGGUGUUAUAAGUUGGUGAAGGAUGAGCCGCAGAACUUCAUGGAUGCUCUGUUGUACUGUAAUGACACUGAAAGAGGAGGAGGCGCUCUGGCCAGCCUGCACUCUGUUGACACCAAGGAAAUGAUCAACACUAAUUUCCAUGCAGGUGCCCAGCUGCUGGAUGUGUGGAUCGGUCUAGUUGGUGCAGGUGAGAACCCCACAGUCUUCAAGUGGGUGGACCGGGCACCGGUCACCUUCACUUACUGGGACAAAAGCCAGCCAGUCCAGCCAACCUACGACCCCAGCUGUGUGUUUUACUCUGGAGAGUCUCACGGUUGGCGUGUCGGCGAUUGUGCUUUAAAGCUGCCUUUUAUGUGUCAGAAGAAAGGUGAGAUCAAGGAAGUGGCAUCAGAGGCCAGAUGUCGGUUUGAAGAUGGUUGGAGGAGACAUGGCAACUCCUGUUAUCAAGUGAACCCCAACAAAGUGUCCUUUGAAGAUCGCUGUAACAUCACUAUAAGAAACGGGUUUGAGCAGACGUUCAUCAGCCGUUUGCUUGCAGAGCAGAUCAGCAAUGAAACACAGUAUUACUGGAUUGGGCUGCAGGACAUCAAGAACACAGGAGAGUACAAGUGGCACAGCUGGAAUGGGUCCCAAGAUGUAGUUUCUUACAGCAACUGGGGUUUUUUUGAACCACGACGGUAUGGAGGCUGUGCAGUGAUGUCAACUGCAAAACCCCUGGGAAAAUGGGAAGUGAAGAAUUGUACCAUUUUUAAGGCUGGUACUAUUUGUAGGAAGGACCUAAGCCCACCUCCACCCCUGGCACCAGAGCCAAACAUCAAUGUACCGUGUCCGAAUGGAUGGGUGUCAAGAGAAAACCUCAGAUAUUGCUACAAGGUGUUUCACGAGGAGAGGCUGACCAGGAAGCGGGCGUGGGAGGAAGCAGAGAGGUUUUGUCAGGCUCUGGGUGCCACUCUGCCCAGCUUUACAGGACUCGAUGAAAUGAGGACCCUGCACUUCAUCAUGAGAGACGUCAUCAGCAAUAAUCGUUACUUCUGGGUUGGGCUGAACCGGAGAAACCCAGCAGAUCGCUCCUGGCAGUGGAGCGAUGGCCGGCCUGUGUCUAUGAGUAUUUUACAUCAGGAUUUCCAUGAGGACGACGCCUAUAACCGGGAGUGCACGGCGUUUAAGACAAUGAAGAACACUUUACAGCACAUCUUGGUGUUUCUGCUGCAUGACUUGCAACCAACGCCAUUCUUUGCUACCCCGUUCCACUGUGACGCCCAGCUGGAGUGGAUCUGCCAAAUACCCCGAGGAAGAACACCAAAGAACCCACCGUGGUACAGUCCUGUUGGGUACCAUGAAACGUCUCAGUUUGUGGAUGGACAGGAGUUUUGGUUUGUUACGGAGCCUGAGCUGACAUAUCAGGAGGCAGAGCUCUUCUGCAACAUGCAUGAAGGCAGACUGGUCAAACCGGCCAGCUUCACCUUCGCCAGGAAGAUCUACGAGUACAUAUCAAAGGUGUCGACUUCUAGCAAGCAGAGCUGGUGGACUAAUAUGAAGGAGCCAGGACGAUUAUUCCCCAUGACGUACACCCAGUUACAGUUCUAUCAUUCAGUUUUUCUAGACAAGUGCACCUCCAUCAGUCCAGAAAGCCUUUUCCCAGAGUACGAGUACAGCUGUCAUCAUCGACUGCCUUUUGUAUGUGAGCGACUCAACGCCACAUUGGUAGAGAAGAACCCUCUGGAGCCUCAGGCUGAUGGAGCGUCCUGUGGAAACGGCUGGGCCUUCAGGAAUAAGUGCUACACUGUGCUGAAAUACAACUUACAUCUGACAUUCAACCAUGCCAAUGAGGAGUGUCAGUCUCUGAGAGGGACCCUGGUGACCAUAUCAGAUCAGGUGGAACAAGACUUCAUCACCACCUUGUUGCCAAGCAUAGAAAAAGCAGGCAAAAUAUGGAUUGGUCUGAAACUGACCCCUGCUAAACCAGAAUGGGUAGACAAGUCCCCUGUGUCCUUUCUCAACUUUAACCCCUUGUUUCAUGACGUCAUUGGGCCUGUGAAAAAUGUGUUUCCAGGCAAUCCGGAGUUUUGUGUGUAUUUAAUCAAUAACCCCAGCUCUGCUGUGAUGGGUACCUGGGCCAGCAGUUACUGCUCAGAAAUGAAACAGUUGGCCAUUUGUCAACACUACGCAGAUAAGGUGGAGGAACCCAGUGUUGUGUCACAGCCCUUCGACGUCAACAACCACACUGUCCUCCUGCUUCUCAACAAUCUCACUUGGUUUGAGGCCUUAGAACAGUGCAAGAAUAAGAACAUGGAUCUGGUGAGCGUGACCAAUGUGUUCUUGCAGGCAACUCUCACUGUCCAUGUAAACCGUGCGCGCACACCGAUGUGGAUCGGCCUGUUCAGCGAAGAUGAUGGGAUCCACUACCACUGGACCGACCACAGUCACACCCUGUUCAGUCGCUGGUCUUCUGAGGCCACCAGCGGCUCCUGUGUCUACUUGGACACUGAUGGAUUUUGGAAGGCCACCGAGUGUCAGGAUCAACUUGGAGGUGCCAUCUGCCAUAAACCACACGAGGUUAUCAUCACUACCCCAGAGGAUGUUGCCAUAAAAUGUCCUCAUAAAAUCAACGCCCCCCUCUGGAUCCCCUACAGGAGAAACUGUUAUUCCUUCCAGCUGGUCACCUCCAGAUGGGAAGAGUUUAACAAAGGACGUGUUCAUGACACGUGCAGGAAACUUGAUGAAAACGCAGAUAUCCUGACGAUCCGGAAUGCAGAGGAGAAUGAAUUUGUCACCACCCAACUCAUACCGUUGAAAGACCUGGUCCAGUUUGUGUGGUUGGGGCUCUUCAUAGACAAUCUCGAUCAACAGAUGAAAUGGUUUGAUGGAACAUAUGUCCAGUAUUCCAACUGGAGAAAUGGAAGACCAAAUGUAGAAGGAGAGUUCAUGGCUGGUCUCAACGCUGACGGCAUCUGGGAGCUCAUCACCAACAAACGCCAUUUCUUCGCAUUCCAAAGAAGAGCCAUUAUUGUCUGCAAACUAGACAACGAGCAAAAAAAGAACUACAACCAGUCAGCUGACGAUUUACUCCAGUAUGGGACCAUAAAGUACCAGGUGGUACGCCAGAAAUUGAACUGGUUCCAGGCACUAGAAGUGUGCGACCAGCACGGAGGACAUCUCGCAAGUGUGCAUGACGUCCAGCACCAUGCACAUGUGGAGCUGCUUGCCAAAACAGAUGGCUUCCCUCUUUGGAUUGGACUAUCCAACCAAUACGUCAGUGGCUCAUCCUAUGAGUGGUCUGAUGGAACACCAUACGACCACCAGUCUGCUGUCUCUGCUGCCAAGGACGGUUCUGAUGAGCAACAGCUCGGCUGUGUUUUUGUGUCUCCUACCGGCGGCUGGGUCAGAACCAGCUGCCACAACUUGGCAGAAGGAGCCAUCUGCUAUAGCACUGCUGUCACCACCUCCAAGCAGAGAGCCAAACCGCAGGUCAUCCCACAGAAAAAUAACUGUCCUGAGAUCAACGGUGUGUCCACGUGGGUGCAGCAUGAGGAUCACUGUUACGUCUUUGACAACAGCUUCUACAACUACAGCAUCUACAACAUGGAGCAGGCCAGGAGCGUCUGUCAGAGGAUCGGUGCCAAAGUGAUGACUAUAAACACCAAAGAAGAGAAUGACUUUGUAUCACAGUAUGUGUCUGAUAACCCGCUCAUCACUAGUCGGGUGUGGCUGGGAAUGGACAGCGAUGCACAAGCCUGGGAGGACGGUUCAGCUCUGUCCUUCUCCAACUGGAAAUCUGGGAACUCUACGCCUGGUAAGACGCCGGCGCCCCGCUGUGCUGUGAUGUCCGAUGGAGGCGUUUGGAACCUCGUGGACUGCAAGGGGACCUACAGCCGCAUUGUUUGCAAAACGGCAGCAAGCUCUGCAGGCUCUCCUGUGGUGGUGGGCUUCUUCGUCGUGGUUGUCCUAGCGCUAGUCGCAGCCCUCGGCUUUGUCAUCUAUAAGAAGAAGAGAGCUCGCUUCUCUUCUACCAUCCGCUACAAGAGGACGUUUGAUGACUCGGACGCCACCAGUAUUAUAACUGCAACGGAAUGAGCCGGACUGCGCGGUCAGCCUCAGGGAGUAAUCGUGUGCCUGCCUUCUACAUUUGAGUGUGUCCAGCACCUCCAGCCUUCCCAGUUUUAAAUUAUUUAUUUAUCAUGUGCAGAUUUUCUAUCUCUAAAUAAUGUUGAAGUAGUGUUAAUAUUCACCAAUCAACUUCGCUUGGGGUUAUUUAUGCUUCAGCCUUAAUGUCCAGGUGUGGUUUGGUUCUUUGUCGAAUGCCAUCUGUCAUGUUAUUGGUGGACUGAGAGGGGCUUUUUUUUUUGUCUUUUCAUAUAAGAAGCACAGAUAAUUCCACAAUUCAGCUAAAAAUCCAGCAAUAAAUUUAAAAACAAAACACUUUACAUCUAUAAAAAGUACUUGCGGUGUGAAACACUUAGGAUUUGUGGUGGUGGUAGUGGGGGGGGGGGGGGGGGGGGGGGCGUGCCAUUAAGCAAGCACUCUGAGAACAUCUGCCAAAUCCCCAUCUUUUUAAAAAAAUUCAGUUGAUUUUAACAGAAUUUUAUGUGCAGUAUUUGAAGUCAGGUCCAACAUAAUUGAGGAAAAAAACAAACGAUGCAAACAAACGGCAGCCAUUAUGUGAGAGGUGGGGGCCAACUCUUAUACACACGAACGCAAUCACACCAACAGUUAAUUUGGAAUCACCAGGAAAUGGAAUCUGGACAAAACGAAACAAAAAAAAAACUUUUGCUUGACACCAGAAAAAUCAGUUUUCACACGUGCUGUGAUUAUAACCAGGAACAACCAAACAUACUUUUAAUAAAAAUGUGAUGGCGCUGAGAUGAUUCAACUGGUGGUGGACUUUGUGGGUCUAACUUGCCUAUGCACUUAACUACUGAG